GGGGCGGGGCGGCGCCUGCGUAGAGCGGCGCGCGGCGGCAAGAUGGCGCAGGACAAAGAGAAAAAGAAGAAAGAAAGCAUCUUGGACUUGUCUAAGUACAUUGACAAGACCAUCCGAGUGAAGUUCCAGGGUGGCCGGGAAGCCAGCGGGAUCCUGAAAGGGUUUGACCCACUGCUCAACCUGGUGCUGGACGGAACCAUUGAGUACAUGCGAGACCCCGAUGACCAGUACAAGCUGACGGAGGACACACGGCAGCUGGGACUCGUGGUGUGCCGCGGCACCUCGGUGGUGCUUAUCUGCCCCCAGGACGGCAUGGAGGCCAUCCCCAACCCGUUCGUGCAGCAGCAGGAUGCUUAGCAAGCGCAGGCAGCCUCACCCUGGGGCCCGCCCUUCCUGUGUGAGCUUCCGUUUGGUGUUUCAGUUUCUGUUUUUCUAUUUUGUUUUUUAAUAAAAUUGCCGACUUGAGCAUCCA